AUGGCGAGGCGUGUGGUGUGGAGCUCCGGGCUCCGCCCAGGCCCGUCAGUCCCCCCUCAGGGCUCUGCGGUGGCCCAGGGCGGCUUCUGGGGGCCCCCGGGACCACCCCUCUUGGUAUGUCCCUGGGCAAAAAUCAUCUUCAGGCUCGUGGCUGUAGCCUCGGAGCAGCCCGAGCAUCAAAGCUCUGAAUUGUGUGUAGCUUAUGGGUGUUGGCUUAAUGGGAUUUUUUUUUUCUUUUCUUUUUCUUCUGUGGAGGUACUCUGUGUUAAGUUCUUUCUGUUGAAUAUCCUUUGCUUGCACUGGACUUUUCUUUAUGUUGAUUUUUUGCUUCAUUUUUUUUUCAUUUCCCAUGCUGUUCAGUUACUGGACGCCAGAAGAACGAAGCACCUGCAGUUGACCAUCCAGGCCCUUCAGGAUGAACUGCGGACCCAGAGAGACCUCAACCACCUCCUGCAGCAAGAGAGUGGCAACCGAGGAGCAGAGCAUUUCACCAUCGAGCUGACGGAGGAGAACUUCCGCAGGCUCCAAGCCGAACACGACAGGCAGGCCAAGGAGCUGUUCCUUCUGCGGAAGACAUUGGAAGAAAUGGAGCUAAGGAUUGAAACACAGAAACAGACUCUCAAUGCCCGCGACGAGUCCAUUAAAAAGCUCCUGGAGAUGCUGCAGAGUAAGGGCUUGCCAUCGAAAAGCCUAGAGGACGACAACGAGCGCACACGGCGGAUGGCCGAGGCUGAGUCUCAGGUCAGCCACUUGGAAGUGAUUUUAGACCAGAAGGAGAAGGAAAACAUCCACCUUCAGACGAGACAGGUGCUAGGCCGAUGCCUCCGUUACAGCCUUGUGAGACAUCCUGAAGCAAAGGACCCAGCUAAGCUGUGCCUGGUCUCUUCCAUUGGGAAAAUACCUAUGAGGUAG